AAAUUUCCUACUUUUAUCAACAAGAUAAUUAAAAAAUCUAUCACAUUUAGAUUUUUCUGUCUUUUUUUCUUUUCUUUUUUUGACAUUGCUCUCGGAGAGAUAUUCAAUGGCGCACGUCUCUAAAGAGCAUAUUGACGUAGACAAUGCUGCUAAUUUAUUGUCAAUUUAUAAUUGUAUUUUGUAAUUUUGUAAUUUUGACAGAAGAAUAUGAAUUAAAAAUGACACACUUGUUUAGAUUAGGAUCAUGAGUAGAUCUACUAUUUAAAUUAUUGUUAGUUGGUAGUUCCUCCGAUUGUCGCUAGAGACAUCAUUGUUAGACAGGCAUGUACGUGUGUGCAUUAAUGAUGUGUGUGCAUAAUGAACAGAAUCUCAAAGUGGUUGCAUUUGUAGUGGACUUCAGAGCUACUCUAUACCAACUUUAAGCCAAAGAAGCACACCGCACCAACUUUAAGUUAAGAAAGCUCUCUAUUUUAUCAAUCAUAUAUUCAUAUAUUCAUAUUCAUAUUUCAUCAUAUAUUCAUAUUUUGCUAUUUAUUAUUUUAUCAUACCUCCAUAUCUUUUCUAAUUUGAUGCAAUCUAAUGGAUACCAGAGAACUAACAGGAAAUAAUCACUAAUCACCAGAGCAUCGAAACGCCUUAAAUAUUAUACCACAUCCCUGGAGCUGUGAUUAGGCGAUCGUAGCGUCGCUCCUACUAAGCAUCUUUCGAAUUGAAUGAUUUCAAUCAUUGACAGCGUAGGACGUCAUGACAUCGACCAGUAAAAGUACAAAAGAGGUUCUAUUGUCUAUCGUCGAUGACAUCGAGUUGAUAGCGAAAGAAAUGAUAGAAAAUACGAUAGUUCAAAAACCAUUGAAACUGUCAAACGAAGAACACUCUCAACUAACAGAAUUGCUAAUCGCUAAGGACAACGAAUUGAAAGCAAUUCUAAAACGAGCGGCUGAGCAAGCAAAAAUUAACCUGAAAAUGGAAGCUUUAAAAGCUGAAGUUGAGAGACAAGAUCAAGAUAUUCAACAAUUGCAGCGACAAUUGAAAGAGGCAGAACAAAUUUUAGCCACUGCAAUUUAUCAAGCUAAACAAAAAUUACAAUCCAUUGCCCGCGCUAAUAAGAGACCUGUACCAUCUGAAGAAUUAAUUAAAUACGCACAUAGAAUAAGUGCAUCAAAUGCUAUAUGUGCUCCACUUACCUGGCAACAAGGGGACCCUAGAAGGCCUUAUCCUACUGAUAUUGAAAUGAGAUUAGGAUAUCUUGGAAGGUUAAGUGAUCUUCCUUUAAAUGGACAGAUGCCAGGUACUCAUCCUGGAAUAUCAUCAGAUCUGCAUAGACCUGGACAUCCAGUAGGUGAACCACCCAUGUCACAAGCUAAUCAAUUUGCAUGGCAUUCGUCGGGUGAAAUUCACAUGUCUGUGAGUGGGCAAGGAAGCGUUGCCAUGAAUACACAUAAGCAGGAAACAGAAGAUGUUGAAGUUAUGUCCACAGACUCUUCAAGUAGCUCAUCUAGUGAUUCUCAGUGAAUAUUGAUUUUUUGUAGAGUUUGAGUAAAUUUCGCUUAACUGUUUUAUGGAUUCAGUAUGAUUUUAAGCAAAUCGUAUGUAUAUGAACGUUCAAAUAAGUAUUUUACAACGAGAUACUAGAUUUAUUAGGGAUUAAUAGAGAUUCUUCAUUAUUAAUUUGAUACAUUUAUUAAUCCCUGAUAAAAUGUAGCAAUGAGGAUAUGACAAUAUAAAUUACCAUUAUACCUUUUA